CCCCCCCCCCCCCCCCCUACCCACAUUCCCGAGGUUCAGAGUAGAGAACUCCUACUUGAGCCUUGUCAGACAGACUGAUGGCCCUGUUUGGAGCCCCGCUAUCUGCCACUGGCGCCCAGUCACUUGAGAGCCUUACAAGGCUUAAGCUACCAUCACUGUUGGCAUUUAAAGCGACAGUAUACUGGCAAGGGAACAGGGGAAGAGACUGUCGCGGGGUAUUUAUGGUGAAUAGAAGAAGUCUGUCUCUGGCGUCUUCUGUGUUUGGUUUGAAGCCCUGCGUCACGUCAGGUCCCUGUAUGGGGCAGAGCAGAUGUUCUUUUGAGGUUUGGGUAAAUCCUGUUUGAGCAAUACCUUUUUAAUACUUGGUUACUUUCCAAAUGUCUUUCUUCGUAUCUGUUGAUCAUACCGGAUAUUUAUUAUAUGUUUGGCUAUUGGUAGUACUUGUGAAAUAUGCUUUAUUUUCUAAAACAAAAUGAUCGGAACUAUGAAUAGCAUUUCUUCUCAACCCAAAAUUACCGUGGGAAGGCAUUGAUACAUGCACGCCUAUGCUGUCUCAUCCAAACCAGUCGAUAGGAAGUGACAUCCCCAGCACCAUUACAGUUUCUGUUCCGCAAGUCAAAGGGCUGCAUGUCGAAAUAGAGGCGCCCUUUUUCCCUCUGCUCAUCUCAACAGAAUCGUCUCCUCAGCAUUCACUCAGAGGGUCCAAUCUCUAGUCCGCCACUUUCCAAAGGUUGAACACCAUCCGGCUUUUACGAUGCCUCGCGAUAAGAUACGCAUCCCGAACGCCGAGCAGAAGCUAUAGAGUUCACGGCAACUCCCUCGCUUGUGUCUCCGAUUAAUCUCUUUUAAUGAGAGCUGAUAGGGAACCCACGCUUCAAGAGAAUAAUGUGGCACUUUAACUUAAGACAAAGCCCGGGGAGACUUUGCCCUGGACUCCAGUCUGACGGGGCCCUGGGUUGAGUUGUGCUGUGUAGGUAUGGGGUUGAUGACCCCGAUUGGUCCAUUGGUUCGGGCCUCUGAACAAAUCGGCACAUUUGCUCACUGAGCUGUGGCAGCGCAGGGGAGUGACAUCUCCACCGCCCAAUCAGCCAGCAGGCUGCCACGGUCUCUACAUGGACCAUGUUUCCUUUGAAAGUAGUCUACAUUAGAUCAAAUCAACUUACAUUUACAUCACAAAAGGGCCUUGAUUUCAAACCGCUUUUAUAGGCGUUUCUAAAAAAAAAACUGCCUUUCUCUAACAAUUUCUAUGAUUUUCUUACUUUUCUUUCACAAUUUGACUUGGUUUGAGAUGGCAGACGUCCUGGAAUGUCAUUUUUGGUCAUGCUGGUGUCCCCUGGUCCAGUGGUUGACCAGUGGUUGGCCCCGAGGAAUGCCGCGCAAGACAAGUUACUUAUUUUUAAUUAAUUCUUUAAUUGGAUCACAUGCAUGGUUUGCCCGGUUUCGUAAAGGACAUGCCUCCGUGUGAAGCCUUGAUUAUACAUUAAGUGUGGGAUUUUCUCGGCUCUUAACUGAAACCGGGAGCUGAGUGGCUGUAAUGAGGUUAUUGAUUACCAGAGGCUUUUUUCUUCUCACCUUUUGAUUUCUAAGGCUCCAUUGUACCUAAAACAAUUAACGUUUUCACGUUCUGUGCGUCAGGUCAACUUUUCUUCAGUUGACCCUUUUAGCAGGGGGGGUUUAACAUUGAACACAUGUUAGAGGAGCGCUAUUCCAAGAGGUUUUCCGUGUUAAUGUUGCUGAGGUAGGAAUGAUCGUUUUCAGAGUGGUGUGGGGGUGAAGUUCUCUGCUGAGUCCUGCACUGAGCUUGGCCUGACCCCUGAUCCGGAACAGAGCAGUGAGCGCAGCAGAAGGGGACAAAGUGACGAGCCAAGCAGUCUACAGUAGAUCACAUGUUGUCUGUCUGGUUGGUGGUUAGUCAUAGUGCUGACCAAAAGAGUUGCUGUGAAGAGUCAGGACAUUCCCUGUGGCUUCAUGCUAUAUGCUCAAACUGUCCCAAAACGUUGGUGCUAGAGUUGCAGAGCUUCUGUGUUAACUGUUCAAAACAGGACCUGUUGGCACUCUUUGGCUGUUUCUUUCAUUGCGCCAUUACUCAUAGUCAUUAAUGGCUUUAGGACUUAAAGAAGUUAUUCCUUUAACUGCUUUUGAUGUUAAUAGAGGGGUUUCAGUAGACACCUAUUGCUUCCUGCAGUUUGGUUGCACGGAAGAUAAACAUCCUGGUUACAUUUCCUUUGUGUAUCCUGGUGAGCUGUGCAGUCUCCAUUAACAAUGCUGAUUUAGUGAAUUACAGUCGAGCAGUCUGCCUCUAAUUUACAUUCAUCCUCUGCAUAUUCAUGGUGUAAAAAUGGGCAUAAGGUGGAAAAGGUCAAACCUAAAGUGUAGUUCGAGAAAGUGACCCCUUUUUGAAGUGUCUCCCGAAACACAUGAAUCUUAAUUGGAAUUCUAAAUCAUGUGAAUCAUUGGUUGGAAUAAUAAUUGAGAUUGAAUAAAUAAAAAAUUCGAUUUAAUAUAAAGUGGUUGAUCAAUUCAGGUGAUGGAAAUGACCGUCCUAGGGUAUUAAUUGUAUUGAAAUUGGAUGGAAAAAAAGUGAUGCGACUUUAGCUGCGAGAUGAUCACGGUCUUCCCAAAUCGGGAGACCAUCGAGUUUGUAUUCAUGUGUCUUCUAUGUUUUUGCAUGGAAGCAAUUAUAUAGCAAAUACAAGAUGGGAUAAAAGUAAAAAUGGGUGACAGAGCUGUGCCGAGAACUGUAGGGUCAAAUUCCCCUCGGGAGACUGCAGAAAAAACACAAAUCCCUGGAGUGAAAUGCCCAGACACUAAUUUAAAACGUGCACUGGUUGGUGCCUGUGGAUGUGGGGGAGAAAUGGUGGUUUGCCUACCGUUGCAGGGAAAUCAAGCUACUACUACUACUACUACUACUACUACUAUAGAAGUAUAUGCAGUCAGAAGUCCCUGCCCCGACUGCUAGACCACAGAGGAAACGGGUAAAUAGUCAAUGAAAAGAGCCCUGUUUAUCUUUCAUUAAUAAUAGAGGUAGUGUUGUCAAUAGCAGUGUGGUUCAACAAUGUUUUGGAGACCACUUUCCUUUUUGAAUGGAGGCGUUUUGUGCUCCACAAUGGCCGUGUCGAGCAAAAUAAACAUGCUUUCAAGUGCGCUGGUGGACGACUGCUGAAAUAAUGCCGUGGCUGUCCCACACGAUCCCACAAUCCUGCUCUCCCGUGUGUCGUGGAGUUUGAUAGGCUGGCUGUGGAGAGAGAGAGAGAGAGAGAGAGGGAGAGGGGCUGCAGCCCAGUCCAGUAGCACGGUCGUCAGGAAGAGGAGCUCGCCUCAAUUUGCAACUCUUCGUUUUGAUCUAAAGGAACGAGGUCAAUAGAACUGUGUGAUUGGCCAUGACGACCGAAUCAGGCGCCGACUCGGAGCCCAAGACGCAGCAGGAGAAGAGCAAGGAGGCGGACAAGGACAAGGAGAAGGAGAAGACGGCUAAGGCCACGCCACAGCGCUCAGCAGCAGCAGCAGCCAGUGCAGAGGAACCAGGCUCCCCCAGGGUCCAGCUCCCCGUGGCCGCAGGACACAGCACCCCCGCCAGGAAGGAACAGGAUUCACACGAAGAGGACCAGGCGUCCAGCAGGUCUUCCACCAGCCACCUGUCCAGGUCUCCUCUCCGGGGGGCCAAGAAGCUGAAGAACAUGCAGUGCAAGGUCACCCUGUUGGAUGGCUCCGACUACAACAUCACUGUGGAGAAACGAGCCAAGGGACACAUCCUGUUAGAUAAAAUAUGCGACCACCUCAACCUACUGGAGAAGGACUACUUCGGCAUCACGUACAGAGAUGUCGAGAACCAGACGAACUGGAUAGACCCCACCAAGGAGAUGAAGAAACAGAUCAGAACUGGACCCUGGAACUUUGCUUUUAACGUGAAGUUCUAUCCCCCCGACCCCGCCCUACUGUCUGAGGACAUCACACGCUACUUCCUGUGUCUGCAGCUGAGGGACGACGUGGUGUCCGGCCGGCUGCCAUGCUCCUUCGCCACCCACACCAUGCUGGGCUCCUUCACGGUGCAGUCGGAGCUUGGCGACUACGACCCCGAGGAGCAGGGCAGCGACUACAUCAGCGAGCUGCGCUUCGCCCCCAACCAGACCAAGGAGCUGGAGGAGAAGGUCAUGGAGAUGCACAAGAGCUACAAAGGUAUGACACCUGCAGAGGCUGAAAUCCGCUUCCUGGAAAACGCCAAGAAGCUGUCGAUGUAUGGCGUGGACCUCCACCAUGCCAAGGACUCGGAGGGUGUGGAGAUCAUGCUGGGUGUGUGCGCCAGCGGCCUUCUCAUCUACCGCGACCGCCUCCGGAUCAACCGCUUUGCCUGGCCCAAGGUCCUCAAGAUCUCCUACAAGAGGAACAACUUCUACAUCAAAAUACGCCCGGGAGAGUUCGAGCAGUUUGAGAGCACAAUCGGCUUCAAGCUGCCCAACCACCGCGCAGCCAAGAGGCUGUGGAAGGUGUGCGUGGAGCAUCACACGUUCUUCAGGCUGGUGUCCCCCGAAGCCCCCCCCAAGAAGUUCCUGGGCCUGGGCUCCAAGUUCCGGUACAGCGGGCGCACCCAGGCCCAAACCAGACGGGCCAGCUCCCAGAUCAUCCGGCCCGCGCCCUUGUUUGAGCGCUCGGCCAGCAAGCGCUACAACAUGUCCCGCAGCCUGGAUGGAGCUCCCAUCAUGGAGAACCACGAGACCCUGAUGAAGGACCACACCGCCGACCGCGUGGCCAAGGCAGACAUCAUCACCACGGUAACGCCGGAGAAGAAGGCAGAGGAGGAGCGGGAAGAGCGAGAGGACGGCCAGGCCGACGCCACGGCGACGGCGGAGGCCACGCCCACCACUCCGCUGAGACACGACACAAAGUAUAGCUUCAUAAGGCGCGUGAAGGGGGAAAACGUUUUUAUCAAGCACAGUAAUCUGAUGCUAGAGGACACAGACGCGUCGGCCGACCUCGGCAAGCAUCAGACCAACAUCAGCGAGCUGAAGCGCUCCUUCCUGGAGACGGGCGACGCCGGUAUGGCGGGCGCCGGAGCCACCGAGUGGGAGAAGCGUCUCUCCUCGUCCCCCGCCCGCUCGCUCCGGGCGGACGAGCCUCCCAUGAUCGAGCCCCUCCUCCUCCCCCAGGACACCAAUGGAGAGGAGCCGGCCGCAGACCAGACCAAGAUGGAGCCAGAGGCCAAAGAUGAGGCGGUGCGCUACUUGGUCAAACUGGUGGCGGACGGCUACGGCACGGACGGGGCCACGUCCUCGGGGCCCCACGGCAUGAGCCUGUCCACCACCAUGGACGACGACGUGUUCACCGACGCCACCACCCUGCGGGAGGAGGAGGAGGAGGAGGGCGCACACAAGACCACGCCCGACUCCCAGGGCGAGGCGUCGGAGCGGUCGGUGGUGAAGGUCAGCCCCGGCACCGUGCGGCAGGAGGUGUCCCAGGCCAUCAUCGACAAGAAGGGCACCCUCAUCAUCCUCAGGGAGGCCGAGGACGACAAGAUGGCCGCCGGCGACAAGAUGGCCGCCGGUGAGAAGAUGGCCGCCGGCGGCAUCACCAAGGCGGCCGGGGAAACGGAAGACGUCGCCGAAAACGAGGUCCCCUCGGCCUCCGACGAGGAAGACGGCGGCGUUCCCGCCACGGAGAAGGAGGAGGCGUACGCCGGCCGGGGCGUGAUCCUGGGCCCGGGCGACGCCCCCACCCUGAAGAUUGAGAGCCGGCGCAUCGAGGUGACGCAGCUCAAGGGGGUGUCCUCGCCCACCCGGGCCAAGGCCUCCUGGGUGUCCGAGGUGGUGAAGACGGUGGAGAGGUCAGAGUUCACCAGCAUGUCGGCGAAGGAAGGUGAGCAGUGGGCGGAGUUCAAGGCUGGCGCACCAAAGGACGUCUUCCUGUUCCAGAGCGCCCAGGAGGUCCAGCCCGGAGGCGGCUUCGCCACCGCACUGUCCGCAGUCAACGAGCUGUCCGCUGUCACCGCCGCUCUCUCCACCGUCACAGAGCCGUCAAAGGCCCCCGAGCUGUCAAAGGUCACCGAGAUGACCCCAGUCACCGAGCUGUCAAAGGUCACCAAGAUGACCGCAGUCACCGAGCUGUCAAAGGUCACCGAGAUGACCGAGGUCACCGAGCUGUCAAAGGUGAUGGAGCUGUCAAAGGUCACCGAGAUCGCCGAGGUCACCAAGCGAUCCGAAGCCACCGAGCUGACCACGGUCACCACCGAGCUGUCGGCCACCGGCCUAGACGUGUCCACCCUGGGAUGGACUUCCUCCUCCCCGAGCCCCGUCCUCCUCAAGGUGUCCGAAGAGCCCAAGCCGGCGGAGAACGGUGACGCCGCCGCGGCGACGGACGCCACGCCGGCUGAUUCGACGCAGAGUUCGGAGUCGGCCACGCUACAGGAGGAGCCGGCCCCCAAGGACUCCCCGGUGGUCCACACGGAAACCAAGACCACCACCUACGAGUCCGCCGAGGGAGACACCAACGGUGACGUGGACCCUGGAGUGUUGCUGAGCGCCCAGACCAUCACCUCAGAGACCAGCAGCACCACGACAACCACACACAUCACUAAGAUGGUGAAGGGCGGCAUCUCGGAGACGAGGAUCGAGAAGCGGAUCGUCAUCACGGGGGACACGGACAUCGACCACGACGAGGCUCUGGCUCAGGCCAUUAAGGAGGCUAAAGAGCAGCACCCCGACAUGUCAGUGACCAAAGUAGUGGUCCAUAAAGAGACCGAGAUCACCCCAGACGAGGGCGAGGACUGACCCAGGAAUAAGGAUGUUUUCCCACGAGGACUCCAUCCCCCAUCAGCCACCAUGGGUUCCGUAUAUGUAAGGAGGGAACACUAAAGGAACUGAUGGCUCCUGCUCUCCAGCGACUGCGGCUUGCCUCCAUUUCUGUCCAUCUCAAAAUGGUGCAUUUGUGCAUGAGAAGGGUGCAACGUUGCAGUAUCAAAAAUAAACAGCAAGACGAUACAACGACACUAUAUAACAAAUCUCUUGUUGACUCGCAGAAUACUUAUUCUUGUGCAGGGAAGCCAAAAGGUGACCCCUCCCCCCCCCCCUCUCUCUUUACUGCCUUUAUGAAAUUGAUGCAUUUUUUAUGAUUAAGAUGAAGAAUAAUAAUUGCAGCAGUUUUAUUUAUGAAAUGAAGCCAAAAUCCACUCCGGAAAGCUUCCCAGUGCUUUGUAUGGGCUGUGUAUGUAGAGGACACCCCUAUGUAGCCUAGCGGUAGGUAGACGUGCCAACCUCAUCUUCAGCGAGCAUCUCACCACUCAACUCCACACCAAGGUAUACCACUGCAGUCCUGUAUGACCACCCUGUACUUAUACUGUACAUAGGCCUCAAUAAGCUUUCUUAUUAAAAAAACACACACCAAACAACAAAGCAUAUAUCUUCCGCCAAUGAUGUUUGUCAUGUGCACUUGAAUUCUGUUUUUAUUGUUGAUCAUCUCAGUAUUUUUGAUUUAUUUCACACAAACAUCUCUCAUGGAGCUUAAGCAGAGGCUAAUUUCUUCGUCAAACUCCAAAGAAAUCCCCUGUCUGCGCUGGAUUGUUUUUGAUUUUUGUGCCAGUACAAGCCUUGAAUGUUUUUUAGGAUUUGAUUUUUCUUCUUUAUUUUUUAUAUGGCUGAACAUGUUCACGUCUUUGAUCGCCGCCGACAUUUGAUGCUGAAGCAAGCGUAUUCUGUCUACCCCCCCCUGAAUGUGUAAGCUAUAUGCCUCUCAACUAUUCCAUCUAUUUAAAAUAACACGUGUCGUUCAUGUACAGCCAUGCCUUCUCAAUGGUGAAAUAAAGGUGUGUUCAUUAUAAUUUGUCAUUUUCUUUUGAAAUAAAAUAUUUACUACAUCAUUGAAUUUUGUGGUCGGUGGAG